AUGUGUGUCGACUACAGGAAGCUGAACUCCUCUACGCGCAAGGACCACUACCCCUUGCCAUUCAUAGACCAGAUGCUUGAGCGCCUUGCCAAUCAUCAAUACUACUGUUUCUUGGAUGGAUACUCAGGAUUUUUCCAAAUUCCAAUCCACCCAGAUGAUCAGGAGAAGACUACCUUCACUUGUCCCUAUGGCACAUAUGCUUAUAGGAGAAUGCCUUUUGGAUUGUGCAAUGCUCCAGCUACAUUCCAAAGGUGUAUGAUGUCCAUAUUCACAGAUCUAAUAGAAGAGAUUAUGGAGGUUUUCAUGGAUGAUUUCUCAGUAUAUGGUUCUUCCUUUGAAUCAUGUUUGGGAAAUCUUGGAAGAGUGCUACAGAGAUGUGAAGACAAGCACCUAGUUCUAAAUUGGGAGAAGUGCCACUUUAUGGUUAGAGAUGGAAUAGUGCUUGGACAUAGAAUCUCAGAGAGAGGCAUAGAAGUUGAUAAAGCCAAGAUUGAAGUCAUGACAAACCUUCAGCCGCCCAAGACAGUUAAAGAUAUCAGAAGCUUCCUAGGACAUGCUGGAUUCUACAGGAGUGCGCCAGUGGUUCAACCUCCAAACUGGGAACUACCUUUUGAGAUAAUGUGUGAUGCAAGUGAUUAUGCAGUAGGAGCAGUGCUUGGGCAAAGAAAAGACAAGAAGCUACAUGUGAUCUAUUAUGCCAGCAGAACACUUGAUGAGGCACAAUGCAACAUUAAGGUAUCUCUAUCCAAGAAAGAUGCCAAGCCAAGAUUGUUGAGAUGGAUACUACUUUGCAAGAAUUUGAUCUUGAGAUCAAGGAUAGAAGAGGAGCAGAUAAUGGAGUAG